CACGAAUGACAGCAAAAGUCAAUCGCAAAUGAAAUUUUCAUUGGGUAACAACAACAACUGAUAAAAGCGUGUAGUUUAAAUCAACUACUACUUCUAGAACACCAACUCGGAGUGGCAACGUAGAUUGUGAAUAAAAAAUCAAGUGUACAAUGCGAAAAACGCAUUCGUCAUUAGCGCUUUUAUUAGCGGUGAUUCUGUUAAUUGGGCCACAAUUCACAAAUACGGUCAGCGGUGAGGAAACCGACUUUGACGAUGGAGUUGUGGAGUCAGUUCAGGAUGAUGAACCCGCCUUAGCCACCGACGAAAAUGGCGAAGAGUUGGUAUAUGAGAGUCCUAAAUAUGAUCCUAUGGAUUUCCAUUUUGUCGAUCAUUUCGACGAUACAGAAAAAUCACAAAAGUUAUGGGUAAAAUCUCAGGCAAAAAAAGAUGACAUAGCUGAAGAAAUAGCCAAAUACGAUGGCGUCUGGAGUUGGGAGGCGCCCCAGCGCAUUGUUUGGAAGAAUGAUAUUGGUCUAGUGCUCAAAUCCAAAGCGAAACAUGCAGCCAUUGCUGCGAAACUCUUCAAACCAUUCACAUUCGAAGAUGACAAACCUUUGAUUGUGCAAUAUGAAGUAACGCUACAGGAGGGUCAAGAAUGCGGUGGUUCAUAUAUCAAAUUACUUUCGGCCAACAAAGCCAACGAUGACCUGACCAAGUUCAAUGAUAAAACUCCUUACACCAUUAUGUUUGGUCCCGACAAAUGCGGCAAUGAUAUUAAAAUGCAUUUUAUUUUCCGUCAUGUUAAUCCCAUUAAUGGCAGUAUUACCGAGAAACAUUGUCGCAAGCCCAAAGACCGUUUGGAAGAGCCUUUCAAAGAUAAAUUACCCCAUUUGUAUACACUUAUACUGCGUCCCGAUAAUACAUUUGAAAUUCGUCUGGAUCAUAACAUUGUUAACGAAGGUUCCUUGUUGAGCGAAUUUACUCCACCGGUUAAUCCACCACGUGAAAUCGAUGAUCCCAAUGAUAAGAAGCCCGAUGAUUGGGAUGAACGUGAAAAGAUACCCGACCCGGCAGCCCAAAAACCCGAAGAUUGGGAUGAUGAUGCUCCUCCACAAAUACCAGAUCCUAGUGCUGUUAUGCCCAAUGAUUGGUUGGAGGAUGAACCUGAAAUGAUUCCUGAUCCCUCAGCGCUUAAACCCGAUGACUGGGAUGUCGAUAUGGAUGGUGAAUGGGAAGCUCCUUUAGUUGAUAAUCCAGUGUGUGAAAAGGUUUCGGGUUGCGGUAAAUGGAAGGCUCCAUUAAUCGCCAAUAAAGAUUACAAAGGUAAAUGGCGCGCACCCAUGAUUGAUAAUCCCAAUUACCGUGGCAAAUGGGCUGCCCGAAAAAUUCCAAAUCCUGAAUUCUUUGAAGAUCUUGCUCCCUUCAAAAUGACCCCAAUAUCUGCUGUAGGCAUUGAGUUAUGGUCAAUGUCAAAUGAGAUUCUGUUUGAUAAUCUCAUUAUUACCGACGAUUUGGAUGUUGCCAUUGACUAUUCCUCUAAAACAUUUGAUCUGAAGCGCAAAUUCAUUGCCAAGGAAUCGAAAACAUGGUACCAUCGUUUUAUGCGCCACAUUAACUACAAGCCCGGUUGGUGGGCUUUGUAUUUCGUGUAUGUGAGCAUUCCAGUAGGUGGUUACAUUUACUACCUGUACCGCCGUGCCACAGAAGAGGAUACCACAGCUGAUGCCAAAAAGACAGAUGCUGUACAACCCGAUGAUGAUCAAACAGCAGCAGAUGAUGAUAAUAAGCAGGAAGCUGGUACAAAAUCUAGUCCCAAAAAGAAAAAGUCUGACUUAGAUGUUAAAAAUAGUGCAGGUGACGCUGAACCUGAUGAGGAAGACAGUGGCAAAGAUUCCACCGAGGAUGUUGAUGGUGGAGCUUCUGAAGAGAAAGAGACUGAGGAAUCUACUUCAACAAAGCCCCGCAAACGUCGCGUGCGUAAAGACGCAUCCUAAUUGUCAUUCGAGUCGGGAAUCAUUUAAAUUAUUUUCAUUAGCAAUUUUCUCAAUAUUUUUUACAUUUCUAAGAAAAUUUACAAAAAAAAAAAAAUCUAUUCCAAAAAGAUGACAACAAUUCUCUUGCAAGACAAGGGUUUAGAU